GCCCAUAUUGUCACAUAUAAGAAACUAUAUCAAUUAGGGUUUUAUUCUAAGAGGUCUUCGUCACCGCACGGAACGAGCUUUAGCACCAGCAGCAGCAAUGGGUCCCAAAAAGGGUGUUAAAGCUUCAGUUGCAGCUUCCAAGAAGAAGCCAGAGAAGGUUACAAACCCACUUUUCGAGAAACGCCCAAAGCAAUUUGGAAUUGGUGGUGCAUUGCCUCCUAAGAGGGAUUUGACUAGAUUUGUGAAGUGGCCAAAGACUGUUCAGAUUCAGAGGAAAAAGAGAAUUUUGAAACAGAGGUUGAAGGUUCCCCCAGCUUUGAACCAGUUCACUAAAACUCUUGACAAAAACCUAGCAACAAGCCUGUUCAAGAUUCUUCUGAAGUACAGGCCUGAGGACAAAGCAGAAAAGAAGGAGAGGCUUUUGAAAAGGGCUCAGGCAGAGACUGAGGGUAAAACAGUUGAGACCAAGAAGCCUAUCAAUGUCAAGUAUGGUCUCAAUCAUGUUACCUACCUCAUUGAGCAGAAUAAAGCCCAGCUUGUUGUGAUAGCUCAUGAUGUUGACCCAAUUGAAUUGGUUGUCUGGCUUCCAGCAUUGUGCAGGAAGAUGGAAAUUCCAUAUUGUAUUGUCAAGGGCAAGGCUCGCCUUGGAACUGUUGUCCAUAAGAAAACUGCAGCUGUUUUGUGCUUGACAACUGUUAAAAAUGAAGAUAAAAUGGAGUUUAGCAGGGUCCUUGAAGCAAUCAAGGCAAACUUCAAUGACAAGUAUGAAGAAUACAGGAAGAAGUGGGGUGGUGGAAUCAUGGGUUCCAAAUCCCAAGCCAAAACCAAGGCAAAGGAAAGGCUUAUUGCCAAGGAAGCUGCCCAGAGGAUGACUUAGAGUUUAUAUUCUGUUGCUUGCUUCCUUAUGUGUCAUUUGCCUAAAUUGAAAAUUUUCUGUAGUUUGAUUAUCAGAGUUAUCACCUCAAAAACGUUUGUUAUUUACCAUAGUCAUAUUAAUUUUUGUUUCA